UCCUAAUCAUUUCCAAACUCUUCAUCCCCAGUGCGAGUCCGAUCUCAAGAAACCUAUACAAACCCCCAAGAAGCCAAUUCGAUCGCAAGUGUUCCCUCUUGCUCGCCAAAUCCCUAAAUUUGAAGAGAAACCCUAGCACAGUCUUUCGCGAUGAUUCCGAUCGCUUCGACGUCUUCCUCUCAAAUUCGGUAUUUGCUGCAGAGCUUAAAGGAUUCCGAUCCCGAAACAGUGUUCCAUUCGCUCAUCCAGUUUGCAACAUAUGGAUUUGAGGGGAGAGUACUGCUUCUUGAAAGCUGCUUCGAUCAUCUUGAUAUUUAUGGGAAGGACCUGAAGAAUGUGCGAUUUGAUGAAGUUGUUGCUUCAAUUUUCAAGUUCAUAUUGGAUAAACCUAAUUUCAGUGCAGUUUUCUGUGUGGCUGUAAGAGGUCUUACAAUUGACGAGGACUUUCUAGAAAAUCUGUGUAGUGCAUUACAGUUGUCAGUGUCGGAGAGAAUUGAAGUUGGUCUCGCUCUAUCGGAUUCUGAUAAUGCUGAUGUCAAAAUGUGUGGGAGAAGCUACUGCAUGCAUCAAAUUGAGGAAUUAUGUCUAAAUAAUCCGUCUUCAAUUUCUGUGGAACAAAUUCAGAGUAUUCUAUUGUUUCUUAAUCAAUCUGAAGGCCUUUCAAAACAUGUAGAUUUGUUUAUUCACAUGCUUUCUCUUGUUCGAUCAAAUGGGGGAUCCCAAUUCAUUUUAGCUCCACUGCUUUCAGAUGAGCACCAUGAAACCAACAGCUGGAGGAACUUUGAUGUUUUUAGUGAUGACAGUGAAGAUGAUUUUGAUUCACUUUUAAUGGAGAUGGAAAAGGAAAUGAGCGUCGCUGAUACAAUGAAGGAGUUGGGCUGUGGAUGUACGGCUACUGUGUUGCAAUGCAAGGAAAUCUUUUCUCAUUUUUCACCACUGACAGAAAUUACUGUCUCAAGGAUAAUUGGGAUGAUUAUUCGCACCUAUCCAGGUCUGGAGGAUAAUCUGAAUAUAUUUUCAACUUUCCUAGCUGCUCUUGCAAGUACAAAUGUGCACGAUUUACCAUCUCGGAGUUCUUGGGAUCCUGAUAUACUCAUUGAUGCUAUCAAGGAUCUAGCUCCUGGGCUAAAUUGGACAGUUGUCAUGAAAAAUCUUGAUCAUGAUGGGUUCUAUGUGCACAACGAAGCAGCAUUUGCCUUUCUUAUGUCCUUGUAUAAAUGUGCAUGCCAGGAUCCCUUUCCUCUCCAAGGUGUCUGUGGCUCUAUCUGGAAGAAUUCUGAGGGGCAGCUAUCAUUUCUGAGUCAUGCUGUCUUGGCUCCCCCUGAAGUAUUUACCUUUGCACAUUCAGAGAGGCAAUUGGCAUAUGUUGAUGCUGUCAAUGACAAGUUCCAGCUCGAGCAUUCAAAUCAUGCAUGGUUGUGUCUUGAUCUUCUGGAAGUCUUGUGCCUGCUUGCUGAGAGGGGGCAUGCCAGUGCUGUUCGAUCUAUUAUUGAGUACCCUCUUAAGCACUGCCCUGAAGUCUUACUACUUGGAAUGUCACACAUUAAUACUGCAUAUAAUCUCCUUCAUCAUGAAAUUACUCCAACAGUUUUCCCUAGGAUUUUAAAGAAUCCCCGUGGGGUGGAUAUGAUCUAUUAUUUAUGGCAUAUUAAUCCAAGCAUUUUGGUGAGAGGUUUUAUAGAUGCUAUAACAAUUGAUCCAGACAAUAUUAACAGAGUUUUGGAGGCCUGUCAAGAAUUAAAGAUUCUUUCACCAGUAAUGGAUAUGCUCCCUUCCAACAUUGGCAUAAGACUUGCUGCUCUAUCUUCACAUAAAGGACUGAUAGAUCUUGAGAAAUGGUUGAGCACCCACUUAAGUACAUUUAAGGAUAAGUUUUAUGAGGAAUGCCUGAAGUUUCUGAAGGAGAGUCGAAUUGGUUCUUAUGAUGACUCUGUUAAUAUUAACUGCUUUCAUUCCCCUAAUGCUCUUUCAAAUAUUUAUCUUGAAGCUUCAUCCGUCUUCAUUAAGAUUCUUCUGUCUCAUACUGGGUUAAUAUCUUCUCAUCACUUAUCUGAUGAAUUGGAAAAGCUAAACAUGGCAUAUAUGAACUCUAACUCAAGGAUCAAGACUGAAAGUUCUAAUCCGUCAAAUUCCGGUGCUUAUGAGAAUGGAAUUGAAGCAGAAGUAAAUUCAUAUUUCCAACAAAUGUUUCACGAAAAACGAUCAGUUGACUCAAUUAUUCAAAUGCUCACUCGCUUUAAAGAAUCCUCCGAUAAAAGGGAAAAAGAUGUUUUUGAGUUCAUGACUGCCAACCUUUUUGAGGAAUAUAAAUUUUUUUCGAAGUAUCCAGAGAAACAGCUUACAAUUGCAGCUGUUCUUAUCGGAUCCCUUAUCAAGCACCAGCUUGUUACUCAUCUUACUCUUGGUAUUGCCUUGCGGGCUGUCUUGGAUGCUUUGCGAAAACCUGCUGAUUCCAAAAUGUUUUCUUUUGGCAUUAAGGCUUUGGAUCAAUUCAGAGAGCGAUUGGUUGAGUGGCCACAAUACUGCAAUCACAUACUGCUAAUAUCACAUUUGCGUGCAAAUCAUUCGGAUAUUGUUGAGUACAUUGAGCGGGCACUUGCAAGAAUCUCCUCUACACAUUCUGAGUCAGACAUAAACAAUAGUGGUGUGACUGAUCAGAUUCUGGGACAUAUCCAGCCUUCCACAUCAAUCAUAGAGGGCCCUUCUACAUUGAAUGGAGAUACUAGCCUCCAAACAAGAUCACAUCUGCAAUCUGUACUUUUACUUCCGUCAAGACAACAGAGUACUUUGGAGGAGAGGAAAAUGACAACUGUUCCUGGGCACACAAAAGUUCUAUCCUCCCCAAGCCAAAAUGUGGUGGUUCCUUUAAGCGAUACAUCUAAUAUUCCAAAGCCACAGCCUGCUCUCAGUUCUGCACCGCACACCUUACCUACAGGCUUCACAGUGCAAUCACGGGCAAACUCAACAAAGUUUGGAUCUGCAAUGAAUAUUGAAACACUUGUUGCUGCUGCUGAGAGGAGAGAAACGCCAAUGGAAGAGCCGGCUUCAGAAGUGCAAGAUAAAAUAUCAUUCAUCAUUAAUAACUUGGCUAUUCAAAAUGUUGACACAAAAGCCAAAGAAAUUGCUGAAAUUAUCAAAGAGCAGCAUUACCCCUGGUUUGCUCAGUAUAUGGUGAUGAAACGAGCCAGUAUUGAGCAAAAUUUUCAUGACUUGUACUUGAAGUUUCUAGACAAGGUGAAUUCAAAGGCCUUGUUCAAAGAAGUUGUCCAAGCAACCUAUGAGAAUUGCAAGGUUCUUUUAGGAUCAGAUCUUAUAAAGUCAAGUUCGGAGGAACGUUCAUUGCUGAAAAAUCUUGGAAGUUGGCUAGGGAAGAUAACAAUUGGCAGGAAUCAAGUUUUACGUGCCAAGGAGAUUGAUCCCAAGUCUUUGAUCAUAGAUGCUUAUGUAAAAGGGCUAAUGAUUGCAGUUAUUCCUUUCACCUCAAAGAUAUUGGAACCAUGUCAAAGCAGCCUAGCAUACCAACCCCCUAAUCCUUGGACCAUGGGUAUACUUGGAUUACUUGCUGAGAUUUACACAAUGCCAAACUUAAAAAUGAACCUCAAGUUUGAUAUAGAGGUGCUGUUCAAAAACCUUGGUGUGGACUUGAAAAAUGUAGUGCCAACCUCCCUACUUAAAGAUAGGGUCAGAGAAGUGGAAGGAAAUCCCGAUUUCUCAAUUAAAGAUGUGGGCCACUCUUCUCAACGCCAGGUUGUUACAGAUGCCAAACCAGGAAUUAUGCAUACUCUUAAUCAGGUUGAAUUACCGACAGAGGUUAAUUCAUCUCAUCCCAGUGGUCUUUCACGCAUAAUAACCCAGUAUCCUGCUUCACUUCAUCUUCCGUCUCCAACACUUAUGGAGGAAGAGAAGCUUGUAGCUUUAGUAACUGAUCAGAAUCAAAUACCUUCUGGUCAGGGUCUUUUGCAAGGGCAGACACCAUUUUCUGUUAGCCAGCUUUCUGCUCCCUCAUCUAAUAUUGAGCCGCAGUACAUCAUCAACCCAAAACUUCGUGCUUUGGGCAUACACUUGCCUUUUCAAAGUGUACUUCCCAUCUCUAUGGAUAGAGCUAUAAAGGAGAUAGUUACUAGCAUUGUGCACCGCAGUGUUUCUAUAGCUACCCAAACAACAAAGGAACUUGUUUUGAAGGACUACGCCAUGGAGUCAGAUGAGACUCGAAUACGUAAUGCUGCACACCUGAUGGUUGCUAGUUUAGCAGGAAGUCUAGCUCAUGUGACAUGCAAGGAACCUUUACGUGGUUCAAUAUUGAGCCAGCUUCGGGGAAUGCUCCAGGGAUUAAGUAUUACUAGUGAGUAUCUUGAACAAGCUGUUCAACUAGUGACUAAUGACAACCUUGACCUUGGUUGUGCAUUGAUUGAGCAAGCUGCAACGGACAAGGCGAUACAAACUAUUGAUGAAACCAUUGCUCAACAGCUUACUAUGAGGAAGCAUAGAGAGGGACCUACAUUCUUUGAUUCCAGUGUCUAUGCUCCAGGACAUAUGGGAGUUUUACCUGAAUCUCUUCGCCCUAAACCUGGCCGUUUAUCACAUUCUCAACAACGGGUUUAUGAGGACUUUGUUCGCCUGCCUCUACAAAAUCAAUCUGGGCAAAGCUCAAAUGCUUUGCCUGUUGGUCCUUCUCCUUCACCAAGCGGCAGUUCUCUGUCUCGGGCUUAUAUGGCUGGCUCUUCACAGAUGAACCCUGCAAUUUACUCGACUGGCCUUGUUAAUGCAGGAAUUGCUUCUGUGCCACAGCCUUUGGAUAUUGGAACUGAAGAUAUAGACAUUAACUCAUCACACCUGCAUAGUGUUUCCUCUCCUAUGAUUGGGAUGGGUGAUUGUGGUUUUGAGAAUGACACUGUUGUGCCAUUCUGUCAUGCAUCUACUGGUGUACUGCAGCCAGUUGAACAGUCUAAUGUUGUAAAGGAGUCAGGUCAUUCUGUACAGCCAACAAAUUCCACACCUGCCUCUGUGCGUUUAGGGAGCAGUAUUUCAGAGCAACUAUUGACCACAAGCGAUGCACUGGAUAAAUAUGAGAUUGUUUUGGAGAAGAUUGAAAGUCUGGUGUCUUCUAAUGCUAAAGAAGCAGAACUGCAGGGUGUUAUUGCUGAAGUUCCUGCAAUAAUUCUUAGAUGCAUUAAUCGGGAUGAGGCAGCCUUGGCAGUGGCUCAAAAGGUGUUCAAGAGAUUGUAUGAAAAUGCGUCAAAUAGUGUGCAUGUCAAUGCUCAUCUUAUGAUUCUGAUGGCUAUUCAUGAUGUCAGCAAGCUCGUUGCUAAGGAGUUGACUAGCUGGGUGAUUUACUCUGGUGAGGAGCAGAAGUUCAACAAAGAAAUUACUGUUGGUCUUAUACAGAAUGAUCUACUUAACCUUGCCGAUUACAGUGUUCAUAUGGCAAAAGUUCUUGAUGCAGGAAGAAAUAAGCACGCAACUGAGUUUGCCAUAUCUCUCAUACAAACAUUAGCAAUGAGUGAAUCCAGAGUGAUGCCUGAACUACAAAGUCUUGUGGAUGCACUGGCAAAGCUGGCCGCUAGAUCUGGUUCUCCUGAUUCUCUAAGGCAUCUGAUUGAGAUAGUGAAAAACUCUUCUGUUAAUACUGCUGCUUUGUCUGGUUUGAUGAGUGGGAAGGAGGAAAGUACACAACAGUUAAAAGACAAAAAGACUGUUUUGCUUCUUCCAGUGGGUAGAGAUGACACUUACUCUGAAUCUGUUGAGCCUGAUCCUACUGCAUUUCAGGAACAGGUUUCGAUGCUAUUCGCUGAAUGGUACCGCAUAUGCGAACUUCCUGGAGCAAGUGAAUCUGUGUAUGCCCAAUAUGUUACACAACUACGCCAGAGUGGCCUAUUAAAAGGAGACGACUCCUCAGAUCGCUUCUUCCGCCAGCUCAUGGUACUCUCGGUAUCACAUUGCUUGUCGUCAGAGGUUAUUAGUUCAGGUCCUCAGUCUCAUACUCUGCAACCUCUCUCAUUCCUUGCUAUUGAUAUGUAUGCAAAACUGGUUCAUUCGGUUUUAAAGUUUUAUCCUGUGGAUCAAGGCGUCAGUAGACUUUCCCUUUUGCCUAAGGUUCUUGCUGUAACUGUUAAGUUCAUUCAGAAAGAUUCUGAAGAAAAGAAGACAUCCUUUAAUCCCAGGCCAUAUUUUAGACUAUUCAUAAAUUGGCUCUUGGAUUUCUGUUCAUUAGAGCCAGUUAUUGACGGUGCAAACUUCCAGGCUCUGACCUCUUUAGCAAAUGCUUUCCAUGCCCUUCAACCCCUCAAGGUUCCUGGAUUCAGCUUUGCAUGGCUUGAGCUUGUUAGUCACAGGAGUUUCAUGCCCAAAUUACUCACUUCAAAUGGUCAGAAAGGGUGGCCUUACUUUCAGCGGUUACUGGUGGACCUGUUCCAGUUCAUGGAGCCUUUUUUGAGGAAUGCUGAACUUGGAGAAGCGGUUCAUUUUCUAUAUAAAGGGACACUCAGGGUGCUAUUGGUUCUUCUUCAUGACUAUCCGGAGUUUCUUUGUGACUAUCACUUCAGCUUCUGUGAUGUAAUUCCCCCAAGCUGCAUACAGAUGCGAAAUAUUAUUCUUAGUGCAUUCCCUCGCAAUAUGAGGCUACCUGAUCCUUCUACUCCUAACUUAAAGAUUGAUCUACUGGCUGAGAUCAGUCAAUCUCCGUGUAUUCUUUCUGAGGUUGAUGCUGCUCUCAAAAUAAAGCAAAUAAAGAGUGAUGUCGAUGAAUACUUGAAGACAAAGCCACAGGGGUCUCUGUUCCUUGCUGAGUUGAAGCAAAAAUUGUUACUCUCUCCUUCGGAGUCUGCUCGUGCAGGGACUCGUUAUAAUGUCCCUCUCAUCAACUCUCUUGUUCUUUAUGUUGGCAUGUUGCAACUGCAAACAAGAACUGCAUCUCAUUCCCAGUCAAUGACAAGCAGUGUUUCACACCCUGUUUUCUUGGCAAAUGCUGCUCUUGAAAUAAUUCAGUCUUUUAUAGUGGACUUGGACACUGAGGGUCGUUACCUCUUCUUGAAUGCGGUUGCUAAUCAAUUGCGAUAUCCAAACACUCACACACAUUACUUCUCAUUCGUCCUUCUUUACAUCUUCUCUGAAUCUAAGCAGGAAGUGAUCCAAGAACAGAUCACAAGAGUCCUAUUGGAGCGCCUAAUUGUCAACAGACCUCAUCCAUGGGGGCUUCUUAUCACUUUCAUUGAGCUGAUAAAGAACCCUCGAUACAACUUCUGGAGCAGGUCAUUUACCAGGUGUGCACCUGAAAUCGAGAAACUCUUCGAGUCUGUUUCGAGGUCGUGUGGUGGGCCCAAGCCGGUAGAUGAUAGCAUCGUAUCAGGCGGUUUAACAGACAACAUGCACUAAUCUAAGACCUUCCCCCCUUCCCGUAGUAGAUGUACAUGCAUGUUGUUCCAGCCAUUGGCGGCACUAGUUGGAAUGCAGAUAAAGAAGGUAUUUUAUCUUUUUCUUCCAUAAACAAAAGGCUGUAACUUUAGAACGUGAUGUUACUUUUGAUUGAUUUUUAUCUUUUUAGUUUCGAAAUUUUGUCCACUGUAAUUUCCAUUUACCGAGCCUUCUGGUGAAUUUGUAUUUGUAACAAUGUUCCAGACGUUUUCACCAGUAAAUGGAGAAGUUGUAC